AUGUUAGGUCGUCAACCAGCGCAGUCAAAGGCAGGUGGCUUUGCCAUGUCGAAGGCAGGUACUUUUCAAAUCUUUUAAGAUUUUACAAAUCCUCCAAUCGAUAAGGAUAACUUCAUCUAAGAUUAAGUCUUUCACCAAACCCAAAUUCUCGACUAGUACACAAAAACAAAAUCCUCCAAAAAUAAUCACCAAAAUCCUACUCCAACACCAGCUGCGCCAGCAACGGGGUCUUUCGCAAAUUUUGUGCAGACUGGCGGACAGCGAGGUGGGCAGCAGGUAGUUCACAGGCCAGGGUAUGGCGCAGUCGCUGCACCUAUUGUAACUGUUGGGGGAGCAAAACAGCUAAUACGCAAGAAACCAUGUGGAAAUCCGCAAUGCACACCUGUUAAUUGGGAGGUACUCAGGAUCAUCAACUACUAGUUGUACUAGUUUGUAUGUUACAUACAACACGACUUUGUUGAAUGUUACAAAAGAACACCUUUGUUUCCUUAAUAAUACUAUCAUAAAAUCCAAAAUUUCCUAUGUAUAAUCCAUCGGCUGCUGUCUUUGUUACAACUCGCUCAUUUCUAGUUUUCGAAUAGUUACAAGUACCUAUACUAUAGUAAUUCAAGUAGUUUCUUCUUAAAAUCCAAUGAUUCAUCCCCCACCAGACGCCGCAGUAUUACCAGGACAUUGAGCGAGGGCACAACUAUUGCUUUGUAUGCUGGGAGAGUCUUCUUGAGAAAACGGAGAACAAAACGCGAAAGAUCGGCUUGGCUCUGUCGCUCGAAGACAUGCUCUCGAUUGGAGUGACGUCUUUCGGCGACGUACCAGAAGUUAAGGCUUCCCGUAAUUCAUCUGGAGAAGCAUCUUUGACACGUUUUCAACGGGAAGGAACUUCAAAGAUGCUGUCAAAGAUGAAUUAAAGUAAGCUCUAAAGAAGGCAGUAACAUUCUCUCCCUAGACAACAUGGUGGCGAAAAGAUUGAAAGAAGGAAUGGCGGGAGCAUAAAAAGGACUCCAUGCUGGGGACGGUGGAAAACUUCUAGUGCGAUUUUUGCUUAGAUUAACAUGUAGAUACAACUCCUACAACUGCUAUUCCAAGAACCUCAAACUCUCCCUCUACGACCGCGGCUGCGAAGAAGUCGUUGUGUCUGAACAAUUGUGAUGGUCGGGAAUUAGACAUUAACCCGACCUCGGUUAUAUCGAACAGGAAGAUGACCAAGAAGGUCGCUCCUCCGUCUAUUUCUUGUCCACAAUUACAUUUAAGGAUUCUCUCAAUUGAUUCUCCACUACAACCCUAAACGACCCCCGCUCCCACCUCUACAAAAUGAUUAUAACCGGCUGCGAGAAUGGUUGAUGAAGUAUGCAGGACGAUUCAGUUUGUUGGGUGGCGUCAUUACUCAUGAUCUCCAGUAUGAUUAUAUGGUCCUCUCCUAAAAUCGUGAUUCAUCGUGUCAAAAAAUGAACAAGAAUUUUUAUAGCGCAAAAGAAAAAACAACUUCCUUCGAGUUCUUAAAAGCUUCUAG